AAAUGAAAGCCCAAACUCUGCGCUUCUAAACGCAUCUCAGCAGCUUGAAGCUUCCAUCUUCCUCCUGUCCAUUUUCAGUUCUUACCUCAUUCAUUGGUCAUCAUCUGAUCCUCUUCUUUCUCUCCAGAAUCAGACUAAAAUCGUUUCUCACUCCACCGACUUCUCUUUCAUUCUGUUUUACAGUCAGAAAUACCCUUCUCCGCCAUGGAUCUACCACCGGAAGAGCUCCAAUUCUUAACCUUACCAGACAUUUUGAGGGAAUCAAUCGCAAUCCCCAAACUUUCUCCAAAAACCUUCUAUCUCGUAACCCUAAUCCUAAUUUUUCCACUCUCUUUUGCCAUUUUAGCCCAUUCUCUCUUCACUCAUCCUCUUUUGGUUCAACUUGAAGAGCACCCUUUAGCUGACCCCAACCAGAUUCGCCAUGAAUGGACUGUUCUCAUGAUCUUCCAGUUCUGUUAUCUUAUCUUUCUUUUUGCCUUCUCUCUGCUCUCAACAGCUGCUGUUGUUUUCACUGUUGCCUCUCUUUACACGUCCAAGCCGGUGACUUUCUCUUCUACCAUGUCUGCUAUACCCAGGGUUUUCAAGCGCUUGUUUAUUACGUUUUUGUGGGUAACUUUGUUGAUGUUUCUUUAUAACUCUAUGAUCCUUAUCUUCCUGAUCAUUUUUGUUAUUGCCAUCGAUACCCAGAACGUCCUUUUGCUCUUUUUCUCCAUGGUGGUAAUUUUUGCGUUUUUCUUGGUUGUCCAUGUGUAUAUAACUGCUGUAUGGCACUUGGCUAGUGUGGUUUCUGUGCUUGAGCCCAGUUAUGGGUUUGCAGCAAUGAAGAAGAGCUAUGAGUUGCUAAAGGGAAGGACUCGUAUGGCUGCGGUGCUUGUGUUUGGGUAUUUAGCAAUUUGUGGGGUCAUCGGAGGGAUCUUUGGGUCCGUGGUGGUGCAUGGAGGAGAAAAUUAUGGAGUUUUUACAAGAAUUGUUGUUGGUGGAUUUCUGGUGGGGGUUUUGGUGAUUGUAAAUCUGGUGGGUUUUCUGGUGCAGAGUGUUUUUUACUAUGUAUGCAAGAGCUAUCAUCACCAAGGAAUUGAUAAGAAUGUCUUACAUGAUCAUCUUGCUGGCUACCUUGGAGAAUACGUGCCUUUGAAAAGCAGCAUUCCGAUGGAGAACUUGGAAGACUAAGGGUUGCCAAAUGAUAAAGAAAUGACAUCGUUAAUACAAAGGCUGAACUGUUGUCUCUGGAAUGUGUUUCAUUUCCAGGUGGGUGUCUUUUCUUCAAUGCUAUGUGUUUUGUUGAUUUCUCAUUGGCCAUUCACUUUGUAAUGACAGUGAAAAAGUGUUAUCAGUUUUUAUUCUUUUGAUUUGUAUUGGUUAACAGUGCACCGACUGGUUCUAAUAGUUUAUAAAUUCUCUAUUUUUUAUAAAUUCUUAUUUGCAUUCCUUGAAA